GAACUGAUAGCAACAAGAUUGAUUCCGUUCGUAAACCGUUUUUCCCCUUGACACGGGGAAUGAACGAGGAAAAAAAAAGAAAAGCUCUGAAGCCAUAUCAAAUAAUGACGCAAGCCCCUGAACAAUUUAACAGAGCUCUCACGCGUCCUUCAAUUUGCCCUACCGACUAAAAAGAUCAGUCGUCACAGCCUUAUCCUUUGUCCAGCACCGGAGUCACGCAGCUACUACACCGAAGGGGUCGAGUCAGUUUAGGUGCAUCAUUGGACCAAUAAAGCCGUGCAGUAUCUAAAGUCGAAUCAAAUCCUUUGCGCGUUUCAUUGACAUUGUCCGUCUACGCCAUGAAACCAGGGCUCCUUCUACACCAUUUCCUCAGCUCAAUUGUGGUGCCGUUCAUUUUGCUGUUAUUGUUUGAUGGCAUCAAUCAAGCGAACGCCAUCGAUUGUGGCCGUUGCUCGUGCAUUAAAGAUCCUGCUACCGGAUUCCAGAACAUAGACUGUAAUGGAAUUCCCUUCGCAGAGAUCAAGCUUACAUUCGGUGUCAAUACCGGAAUUGAAAAAGUCAACCGGUUUAGAGUUAUUCCACUAAACGGAGACUCUCAGAUCCCGGCCGAUUUGUUGGGUACCAAUCAAGUCCGUGUCUUUAACUUGACGAAUUGUGGAAGUAAUAUCAUGAAGAUUGAUCCCAAUGCGUUCAAAGCCUCAACUACAACUACGCUGGAGUUUUUCAUCAAUGAUUGCAACGUUGGCAAUUUGACGUGGUUAUUUUUGAAGGGGUUUACUAAAGUCAACCGGUUGCAGCUGGUAAAGGCAACUAAUAUUCAAUCCUUGAGAACUUUGCCUUCGCUUCCCAGUCUCACACAGCUGUCAAUUACCAGUAGCAAAGGAUUCGAUUCACUCAAUUUUCCUGGAUCAUCUCUUGGGGGUUUGAAAAAUCUUAUCAUGACGGAAAAUGUGGAACUGAACGAUACAAAGGUGGAGUCGAUCCUUGCGACACUGAUGACUGCCAAUGGUCUAGAAAUGUUAUCGUUGAAAAGUAACCCAUUUGUCAGACGUGUUCCGGACACGCUUGCAAAUUUUUCCGCUCUACAUUCGUUGGAUGUUUCCUUGUGCAACAUCGAUUUCAUCGAUUCUCUCUCAUUCUCUGCUCCGGUUGUCAAAGUAGACCUAACGAGAAUCUAUCUAUCAGACAUCUCCGAUAACUCAUUCGAAAACGGUUACUACGGUAACGCGAAGGUUUCACUCGACGGCAACCAGUUGACAGAAUUCAGUUCGACCGUCUACAAAAAAAUCCUAAUAGAAAUGGAAACUUCCCAAACUGGCAUACCCGGCAGUCUCUCUAUUAGAAACAAUCCAAUCACCUGCGAUUGUCAAAUGGCCUGGCUCAUUCGUGACUCUAAAGAACUGCUCCCUUUCGUCUCCGGGACUUGUUCUAACGCAACUGAAUUUCAGGAUCUCAAUCCCAGUUGGUACGAACAGUGCGUCGCCUUGACUAGUACAACUACAACAACAACCAUUACAACUACCACAACUACCACAACUACCACACCCACACCCACAACCACCCCCACCACACAACCGACUACGACAUUUAAUCCAACAAAUUCUGUACCACCAACAAGUGAAGUUCCAACCAGUCAAAAUAACACGACCUCGAGCAUUACAGAAACCGUUCCGACAUUGGCCAUCACGACCACUACUACUGAAAGUGUUCCGCCGACAAACGACAGCAAUAUCAACAUUUUUUUCUACAUCCUUUACGGCCUAUUGGGUUUAGUUGCUUUGAUUUUAAUAGCCGGAUUCGUCUACAUGUGUUUUAAUUAUACCGCAAAGAGGCGAAGGGCGAUGGCAAGGGAUCUGGAAGUUUCUUCUCGUAGGUCGUCUUCCGCUUCUCAUCUAACAGAUCGUCUCGGUUCAGUUUAUAGCGACCAGCUACGUCCUUUGGACCCUCGAGCGUUAGAUCCUCGUGCAUAUUACCUGAGAAUGCCGGAACCUCAUCCACCACCAGUCAAUAACGCCAGGGACUCGAAUUCGGUUCGGAUCACCACGCCCUAUCGACAAGAUCCAGUUAAAAGGAACACAUCAGCACCACCAUCGAUUAACCGAGUACGAGGAUUAAGAAGAGUUCAAUUUUAAAUUACUUAUUGCUUCGCAGUUCUAGCUACCAAUAAUAAAAAUAACAAUUCUUAGACGAAGAUGUUCCAAUUUGUGCCAUGUAUAUAUAUAUUUUUAGUUAGCUGAACCUUUUGAUGAUUGUGUAGUUGUAAGAACUAAAGAAAUAAAUUAUCUGUACAAUAA